AGAUAUCGAUGAAUGCAAAAGUAAUGUGUGCCCGGAGCACUCGGUUUGCAAAAACACCGAUGGAAGUUAUAUAUGCACCUGUGAGCUAGGCUAUGUAAUGACAAAGGGUAGCUGUCAAGACGUGGAUGAAUGUAUCAGCGAUCUCCACAGCUGUCCUGUAACAUCAACUUGUAUGAACACAAAAGGGUCGUACCAUUGUAGGUGUUAUAAUGGUUACUUCCAAUCAGGACCUCAAUCUUGUACAGAGAGCAGUAUUUAUAAUCUUGACAUGAGAGUACAGAAAGUGAAUGGAAGUGAAGCUGUGUAUUCAAUCUUAUUGAAUGACUCCAGCACAUAUGAAUUCAAAACAAUGGCAGGAAAUCUCGCUCAAGUAACUGAUCAUAUUAUACUAGACUCGAUGAUUCAUCAAGGUUAUCUGGGAACAUCAUUUUAUAUGUUUGAACCAGGAAGCAUUGUAUCCCAUGGCAAUUUGUAUUAUGAACCAGAAGUCAUAUUAUCAUCUACUGAAACUGAACUAUUUGCCGCCAAUUCCACCUCAGCUUAUCAACAAUAUUCAAUUGAGUUAUCUGAACUAAAUUUGACAGAUGUAGAUGAAUGUUUGAACACGGAUUUAAAUGACUGCUCCGAAUAUGCAAAUUGUUCAAACACACCUGGAAAAUAUAAUUGCACCUGCUUCUCCCAAUAUCUGGAUAUUUCUCAAGAUGCUGAUAAACCAGGAAGAAUUUGUGCUGCUAUAAGUGACCAACAUAAAGAUCCUAUCCUUGGUCUAGUAGUGGAAACAGAUAGAACUCAUUACAUAGUAUCAGAGUCUGCAAAUGUCACUGUUCGAUUGUCACGUGGUUCCCAUGUGACAUACAAUAUUUCUUACGGAGAUGGCUCAACAGAGCGACGUGCCUAUAGUGACAUAUUGUCUUUUCUAUCAGCACCUGUUUUUACUCAUAAAUAUACUGAUUCUGGAAUGUACAAUUUAACUGUGUUGGCAGUCAACGAUAUAAGUCAUGAAGUACAGUCAGUAAUGAUCGCAGUCGUUGAUGAUAUAAAAAAUUUGAAUUUGAAGCACACGUCAACAAAUGCUUCAUAUGAUGGGCAAAAGAGGUUUGAACUUCGAACACCAAAAACCUUGCGAAAUAUAAAAGUAGCUUGGGACUUUGGAAAUGGAUUUGAACAACAGAAGCCGAUGUCGGUUUUUUCUUCUUCGCUUCCUUUGGCAGUGGAUCAUUACUAUAGCGUUGGAAACAAAUUUGUAAGAGUUAAUAUAUCGAAUGAAAGAACUAACCAAGUGAUAGAAGAAAAAUUUUACAUUGAGGAGAAAAUCUCCGGUUUAGAAGUUACCUGUAGUUCGUACAUCACGGAACCAUUGAACACUCUAUAUUUAAAAGUAAGUUUUCAAACAGGAUCAAAUGUGACUGUGUACAUAAGUUAUGGAGACGGAAAUAAAUUACAAUCAGUUCUCAGUAACAAAUUGAGAGGCGAAUUUACAAAUUAUUACCCCUUUGUAUAUUCGAAUAUUGGAAAAUACAAUGUUUCAGUGAGGAUCGUGAAUACCUAUUCAGAUGUGAAUAUUACCUCCCCUUACAUUCAUGUAGAAACUCCUAUAAAUAAUCUUCUUCUGUCGACCGGAAGUGUUGUAGCCUUACCACCUGGAGAAGUUAAACUUUUGUUAUCUUUUACCGGAAGUGAGCUGGAACCGUGCUGUAUGAAUUGUAGCACUUACAUAAAGGGCGUUUUUCAGCAGAUGGAUGAAAUAGCUCUUAUUAAUAAAGAUAAACCAACAGAAUUUUUAGUUGUUUGGCAAAAUAACAGCGAUGUUGGCACAGCAGAUAUAGAGAUGCUUUGUAAAAAUAAGUUAGGGAACCAGACUUUCAACACUUGGACAACUUUCCAGAGAAAGAUUGAACAGGUUUAUAUAAGUACAAGUCAAACUUCGAUUAGUGUCGGUGGAAGCAUAACUGUUAAAUUUGACAUCGGGGUAGGAUCUCACAUUCAGUAUCAAUACGACUUAGGAAAUGGUAUUCGGGACAGUGUAAAUCUUCCCAACAGCGUCGUUUCAAACCAUUCGGUAAGUGUGACUUCCAGCUAUCAACAAAUGGGUGUUUAUGAAAUAAAAUUCAACGUCAGCAACCUUGUAUCCUCCGUUAUAAAAAGUGUGAAAGUAAAGGUCUUGGAGGAAAUAAAAGGCUUGAAACUGUCCCGAUAUUAUAAAGUUUCGGAUUUGACAGAAACCACGCAUCAUGGACAUGGCUCAGACGGUGACAUCUUUCCUCUGGAGCGUCCGGUUAUUUUCGAAGCCGUAGUUAGUAGUGGAAACGAAAUCAUUUACACUUGGAAAUUUGGAUCGGAAAACGGAUACGUAACCAGUGAUGCCAAAGUGAUGUACAAAUUUCAGUAUGUGGGGUCUCACCUGAUAUCUGUAAACGUUAGCAAUGGUUUGUAUUUUGAAUAUAAAGAAUUCAGUAUUACUCUUGAAGAAAUUGUGAAUCCAUAUUCAUUGAAAAACAACGGUCCAAAGAUGGCAUUUGAUCUGAUGACAUUUACCUUAAAGCUGUCAAACCCGGGAACAAACCCUUGCUAUCUUUGGUUUAUGGGGGAUUUUUCAACCAUAAUCAUUUAUGGCGAGAAUGUAUGUAGGGAAAAAGCUCAAUUAAAUAACUAUGAAUACAGAGCAUGGAAUGUCUCCAACGAAAUACGCCAUCAGCACAUGUACAAAACAAAUGGAACUUUCAAUGUGAAGGUCACAGGUUUUAACGUUGUAUCCAGUCAGAGUAUCAGUAAUAUAGGAGUAAUCACAGGUGUCAAUUGUUAUUACCCUGUUGUUCAUAUCAUCGGUGGUGGACAAAGAAUAGACGAACCUGUCGCCAUGUACAGAUCAGAAUGGAUCAAUUUAGAGAGUUCCGCAGAGAUAAACUGUCCUGCUACUAGCGGUCCUGAAUAUCACUGGAAAAUAUUUAAAAUACAACAGGGUAAUACAUAUCUGAAUAGAGUGUUUAGUUCAUAUGAUGUAAAUGUCACUUCCACAGAUCAUUUCAAAAUAUUAUUUCCACCAAUAACAUUUACACCGGGUCUUUACCGAAUUAGCUUAAAUGUUUCCAUGAUUGGGAUCCCGGGCAUGUUUUCUGAACAUUACACAUAUCUGAACAUUACAAAAACUCCACUGGUCGUACGAAUUUCUGGUGGAACAGCAAGAAACAUUGGAUAUGACUCAAAUUUGACACUUAAUGCACAUGAAAUGACUUACGAUCCAGAUUCUCCAGCUACUUCAAAUUUCACCUUUGAAUGGAGAUGUCGAAAAGAAAACGAGGUUUUCCCUUCGGUGAUAGAUUACGUGACCAUUCCAACUAGAGACGAGGAUUUGAAUCAAACGAGACUUAGUGGAUGUUUUGGUACAGGCAUAGGGAAACUCCCUAUUUCAUCUGGGAUAAUCAAAGUAUCGACAUUGUUCCUUGAUCCUCAUUCAAAAAAUGUUUUUGAGGUCUAUGUUAGGAAAGACACUCGGGAAGGCACCUUUCAACAGACGGUCGAAGUUACUGAAGGAGAAGCUCCACUUAUUCAGAUUUUAUGUGUGGAAAACUGUAAUUCCAAAAUGAAUCCUUCAAGUCAAUUCAGUGUCCAAGGGAAGUGUUUAUCGUGUAAUUUGUACGAAAAAGUUGAAUAUGAUUGGUCUUUAUUGGUUGAAGAGUCUGGAGAGUUUCAAGAUGUUAAUGAAUUGGACUCGCUCUUGGUUACAGAUACAAAGUCGUCUGUUCUUGUAUUCAAAUCGUCCACUCUAACUGGAGGGAGGACAUAUCGACUUCGAUUAUCAGCGAGUGUCUAUGGAUAUUCUAAGAGUUUCACUGAAUAUGAAUUUAUAACAAAUUUACCGCCUUAUGGAGGAUCUUGUGGUAUUAAUCCGACCUCUGGAUAUGCUUUGGAAACGGAAUUUAUUAUAAGCUGUAAUGACUGGGUCAACCCUGGCGAAGAAGACAGCAAAGGAGCAGGUCUGCUUUAUCGAUUCUGGUCGAAGCUUCGUGGUCGUCUGGACACACAGCUUCUGUACUACGGCACAGAUCCCUACACUCCUGACACUACAUUCCCUCUUGGUCCAGAGGAAAGCGACUUCUUACAUGAUGUAGUUGUGCGAAUAGCAAAUCCAAUCGGAGAAUACGUUGAAACUUGGCUUAGUGUGAAAGUAUCAAAACCAAUCAUCAAAAACGAAGUAAGUGAGCUGAUUUCACUCACGUCAGGACAGGAUAGUACGCUAGAGAAUCUUCUGUCUUCUGGGAAAACACAAGAGGCCAAACAAGUCAUUGUUGCAGUAGCAUCGCUGAUUAAUACUUCCCCUACAGAGAUUGGAAUAUCGAGAGCGUCGGUCAUAAAAUCUAACGACAAAGUUAUUUCAACAACUACCACAAGUAUCAUGACAGAAUCAACAACAUCCAUUCCGGGCACUACAGAGGUUUCGUCAGAUUUUCCAAUUACUGCAGAAUAUGAUAAUAUUACCACAGUUAUGCCAACAGUUUCAAGCACAACUCCAAAAGCUACGACAUUGAAAAUAACAUCGACAAUUACAACUUCAACAAUAUCAACAACAUCAACUGAACACCUAACCACAUAUAUUGUUGGAACAACUCUAGAUCCGGCAGAAGUUGAAGCUGAAAAACAGAGAAAAGAGGCAGAAGAAAAGAAGAAAAGGAUACAGCUUAGAGAGUCACUCUUAACAACACUGUCUGCUGAGACGACGUCCUUGACCAUGGAUUCUUUACAGCAAACGGCUCUUUGCUUUAGAGUUGUCACUCACGAAUCAUCUGAGUUGUCUGAAACAUCUCAAGAUUUAGCAGUUAAGGCGAUGAAAGAUGUUGCUAAUUCGUUCCAGAAAAUUGUUAGUCAAUCGCAAACAGAUUCUACAAUUCAGAAAUACAGUGCUGCAGAAGAUAUUCUGGCUUGCCUGAGCUCCGUUAUCAUUGCUGCCACUGGAGAAGAAUUAUCAGAGAUUCAGAAGAUAAAUGAAAAAGAAGGGCUCCUGGAAGAGGAGCAAAGUGACUCCACAGACAAACAAACCACCACCACCACAACCACCACACCAGCCUCAAACAUCGGAACCACGGAGGCACCCGGGACAACAAAAUCUCCAGAGCAAAUCAAACUGGAAUCAAAACAAAAAGUUCGAACAUUGGCAACUAAGGUGUUUGAUGUCGCGGAGGUAGUUUACAAAACCGUCAUUCAGGACCGUGUCCCAGGGGAGCCACCUGUUGUUCUAGAGUCUCAGCUGUUCACAAUAGUAGCUGAAAGACUGGCCGUCAAUGCUGUAAACAACACUCAACUAGAUACAUCCACUGGAUCAUUCCAGAUGCCCGAAAUGGACACGAUUUUAUCGCAGAACACCUCAUACGUAGAUUCAAAGGUUCUGAGUUCCAAAACAAAUCCAUAUGUCUGGGACAGUUCAGCGAAAUUCAUCAACACACCGGUCCUGACUCUGAACUUGUAUGACAGUGAUGGACAAGAAAUAGCUGUGAAAAAUCUUAAUGACAACAUAACGAUUGAUAUCAGUGUUGAUUCCUCAAAACUGAAAAUAUCAGAAAUAAACUUUCCACUCACUUCAAGGGAGAAAUUGUCUUACCAUUUCUUCACGGUUAGGUCCAAUAUGUCCUCUGUUCACAUUAUCGUAAAACCAGAAGAUCCUGAAACGAAGUUAGAAUGUUAUGUAGGUAUAGGUAGACAGCCGACGAUAGACGAUUACGAUUCUAACUUCACUAUUCCGAGAGAGUUGGCCUACAGUGUUGAGGAUGCUAGUUUGAGAGAUGAACUAGAACACACAAUAUUUCUCUCUCCUGAGUAUGUCCAAGAACGAGGCAUUGGUAACUACUAUCUUGGAGUGCGACCUGUUUACAAUGAGACAGAGGAGGAGGAAUACCCUAAUUAUGACGACUAUUACUCAGACUAUGGGAUAACAACACCAUGGGAUCUUCUGAACUAUACCAUCAGUUUUGUCACUUCGGGAUGUUUCUAUUGGGAUGUUUAUUUUGAUAAAUGGGUUUCAGAUGGAUGUCAGGUCAGUUACCUGUCAAAUUCUAACUACACACGAUGCUUAUGCAACCAUCUGACGUCCUUCGGUUCUGAUUUCUUCGUUCCCCCAAACACAAUAAACUUCAUGACAGUUUUUAACGACUUUGAAUCGAAACUGAGGGACAACUGGGCAGUCCUGGCUGUCCUUUGCUUGAUGUAUUUCCUUUACACGGUUGGAUUAUUCUGGGCUCGAUAUAAAGAUAAAAGAGAUGUCAUAAAGUGGGGUAUAGCACCGCUGGCUGAUAACGUAGUAUGUGACAAAUUCUUCUAUCAGCUAACUGUUUGUACAGGAAUGCGACGAGGAGCUGGAACCAAAUCUAAAAUCAGUUUUGUUUUAGCUGGGGAAACCCAAGACACCGGAGUCAGGGAACUUAUAGAUGAAAAGGGGAUAAAGACAUGCGGUCGCGGAAGUAUAAACAACUUCGUUCUGUCAACAUCUGAGUGGCUUGGUCCUCUAACCUUUAUAAGGAUCUGGCAUGACAAUACCGGGGAAGGAAAAUAUCAGGGAUGGUACCUCAGCAAAAUUAUUGUCACUGAUCUUCAAACAUCGGAAACGUACUGCUUUUUAUGUAAUCGUUGGUUGGCGGUAGAGGAAGACGACGGCAUGAUUGACAGACUCCUUCCGGUUGCAAGUAAAGAGGAUAUGACCAACUUUCAAAACCUAUUCAUGACAAAAACCAAAAAGAGCUUCACCGAUUCUCAUCUUUGGAUCUCCGUAUUUAGUCGACCUCAUCGAAGCACGUUCACGCGCGUGCAGAGAUUGUCUUGCAUUCUAUCACUUGUCAUGACUACUCUGAUGGUGAAUGCCAUGUUUUACCAAGCGGAAGAUAAAGUGAAGAAUAAAGAAUACUUAUCGUUUGGACCUUUUGAAUUUUCUUUGAGUGGAAUAUACAUAAGCUUUGUUAGCAGUAUGAUCGUUUUGCCAGUGAAUAUUAUUAUUGAUCAGUUGUUCCGGAAAUCGAAACCGAAGCGGAACAGGAUUACCAAUGCGUUCAUGGGCAAGAACGUUCAGCCUCUGGCAGCUCUGUCACAAAUUAAAUUGCGACCAUGGUCUCCUCCAGAUGAAACGAAAUUAGAAGACUACAUUGAGAAACCAUACUUGCGACCAGACAGUGCAAACAGUACUUAUUCAAUGCAUUCCGAUUCUGCUCUGAUAGAAAAAAGAAAGAAAAACAGUGAAAUUGCUGUAAUUAGCAACCCACAUAUAAAACCUUCCAAGAAAAAAUCCAAGAAAUUCAUGCUUCCACAUUCGUGUGUUUAUGUGGCUUACACACUUGUUUAUAUCUCGGCUUUACUGUCCUCAUUUAUAACAUUCUUAUACAGCAUUGAGUGGGGGAAAGAGAAAUCCUUAAGCUGGUUGUCCUCAAUUCUCUUGUCCAUUUGCGAAUCUGUGAUAGUGAUCCAGCCAUUUAAGAUCAUUCUUGUUGCAAUGUUAUUAUCAAUCAUACUCAAGAAACCAGACAUUGAAGAGGAAACAGAAACAAGCGAAGAAUCUCAGAUGAACAACCAGUUACUUUCUGAUGAAGAACUCCUCUAUAAGAACCCUGUCAAAUCUGAAAGACCAGCAUUGAAAAUUGAGCCACCUGAUAAAGAAAAACUGGCCGAAGCCAGAGAGAAAAGAAUGAAGGAGAUUGCUAUGUUCGAGAUUGUGCGAGAGAUCGCCUUCUAUUUUGUGUUUGUGGCACUUAUUGUACUGGUGGCUAGUCAUAACAGAGACAAGAAGGCCUACCAAGUUAAAGAGGCGCUGGACAAUAUCAUUUCUAUCAACAAAGUUAACCAACGAAGCCAUGUGCCAGACUUCUGGAAUUGGUUACUUGAAAUUCUGCUACCCAGACUGUACAUUUCAAAACAAUGGAACAACAUGCCAGUUGAUGAUAACGAAAAACGCAUGAUAGCAACAAGGGUGGCAUACAGGGUUGGUCCAGUGCGAAUUCGCCAACAGCGCGUGAAACAAGAGGAAUGCAAUGCUGUUCCAAUGAUGUAUAAAUUUAUCGAAACAUGCAGUCAGGAAUGGUCAGUGACGAUGGAAGACGAUGCAACAUACACGGAGGGCUGGAAGGGUUCAAAGGUCAAUCAGUCCACUAUGCUAAUGAACUACCCCUGGAAGCAUCGUUCCCUGUUUGAUGACGCUGGACUCCCAUUUUCUGGAGAAUUCGGUAUAUACACUGGAGGAGGGUAUAUCGCUGAUUUGAUUGGAGAUCGAGAAAGAGCCAUGAAGAUUGCCAAAGGAUUAAUGUUGAAUAACUGGAUCAAUCAAUACACCCGAGCAAUUUUUAUAGAAUUUACCGUUUAUAAUCCUUAUGUUAAUAUGUUUUCCAACGUAUUCAUCGCAUUCGAGAUGCCGACGAUGGGAAAGAUGAUGAUAAAGGAAUCUGUGAAGACAUUUCGUUUGUUUUCUUAUCUCGGAGGAUACGGGGUAUUUGUUGUGCUUUGUGAGCUUUCCACACUGGCUAUUGUUAUCUACUUCAUUGUUAGAGAAGUCAAAGUUAUCAAACAGCAAAGAAAAAAGUACUUUAGGAGUUUCUGGAAUUGUCUCGAGAUCUUUAACAUGAUUUGUGCCGUGGUAGCUGUAUCGAUGUACAUUGUCCGGCACAUGAUAACACAACUCGCAAUGCAUUCAGUGAAGAAACUAAGAGACAAGUUUUACAACUUUCAAAAAGUUGCUAUGUGGGACGAGGUCUUCGGAUAUUUCAUGGCUUUUACGAUUUUCGUUUCCAUCAUUAAACUUCUUCACUUAUUUCGCUUUAACAAAAGAAUGUCCAUGAUUGCAGGAACAUUGAAGUACUCAACAAAAGAACUUUCAGCUUUCUCUGUUGUCAUUAUUAUUGUGGUCAUUGCGUUCGCAUCGUGGGGAUAUAUCAUGUUCGGUCCAAAGAUGUUCCAGUAUAGGAAUAUGUUCCAAUCAAUUGAAACAAUGUUGGCUUUUGCCCUUGGAGACUUUGAUUACCUAGCCUUGGAGAGAGUCAACCGUGUGUUUGGACCUAUAUACUUUUUUACAUUUAUUCUAUGCAUCAUGAUUGUUUUGUUAAAUGUUUUUGUUACAAUUCUCAACGAAUCUAUUUCGGCUGUAAAAUCUGACGUUUCCAAACAAUCCAAUGAGCAUGAAAUUGUUGCAUUCAUUUGGGGCCGUUUCAAAGAUUGGGUUGGCGUCGACUUUGAUAAAUUCUUUGCUGAAGUCAGAAGAAAAUAUAUGCUUGGUUCAGGAAAAGCAAAGACAAAAGAAAAGGCGGAGGACAUUGAAGCAAAACUAAGAGAUAUUUCCAAACGGCUGGAACAGCUGGGUAAAUAUGACACAUCAAAAAUGGACCAUCCGCCCCCGGAUAUGAACUCGAGACAAAUUGAUGACGUCACGAAAGAACUCCUCUUCACGCGACUAUUUCCAACCAUGAAACACCAGACGAUCAGUCUUCAUUAAUCGAAGUCUGGUUCCAUGAUCUUAUUUUGGGAUUAAUUUCAUCAAAUUCAAUCUGUAUUAAUUAUAUUGGAAACAAAUGUAAUGUAAUGUGUUGUUUGUCUUUAUGAUAUACGUGUGUUUUACAUCAUCUAGUCCUCAAGAUAUGAAAAAAAUGUCUGUGAUUAUAAUUUUUAGACAAAGAGGACUGUUUCAUCUGAAUAUUAUUAAGAUGUUGACGCCAGAAAAUGAUUUAAAAUUAAAAAUCUUAGCGUUUGUCAUUUAAGCAACAUUCUACUUUAUUUAUACCGAUGCCUCUGUAUGCCUAAAUCUCGAUAUUAAGUGAGUUCAGUUUUGAAGAUUUUUUUUAAAUAGCUACAAUCUUAUUUUUAUCAAUAUGUAUCCAUUUACAGUCUUAACAAUUUCACUCCACAUACCUUCCGAUGUUCUAUAUCGUGUUAAAAUUUCAAAAUUAGUCAAAUGUACAUUUGUUUUAAGAUGAAUAUAAUGACUAUCACUAGCCGUUCUGAAUAUGCUUUCUUUCAUGAAUUUGUUACAUAAGCUGACAGAUUUUUGUAUUUAAAAUGAAACGAUUUUCUUGAAAUUACUCUGUAUAGUUCAUUUAAUUAUUUCAUUACAUGUGUUAGUGUUAUAACAUUUAAAGAUGUGUUGUUGAUUCUUGAAGUUUAAUUGUGUUAGAGUAAUCAAGAACUUGU